CGAUGUGUUUAUUUCCGGUUGGAGCGGAAGUAGAUACAAGGGGCUUGUGUAGGUGACCGAAUGGGAGAUUGCUAAAGCAUUUUGAAAAUAUUAGCCCACCACGGAGGAAAGACAAUCUGUUUAAAUUAUUUCAGUGUCUACUGUAUAAAAAAGCGUCGGAACCAUGGGAGCUCACCUGGUGAGACGGUAUGUCACCGAGACGGACACCGAACCUGACCCAGCGAAGAAAUUCGAAUUCGACCCCCAGUUUGGAUUCCCUGAAAGGAAAGAGCGAGAAAUGGUGGCCACUCAGGAGCAGAUGAACUUGGCCCAGCUGCCUUUGGAGCAGAGGGACUAUUGUGCUCAUCACCUCCUCAAGCUCAUGAAGUGCAAGAGGGACAACUGGCCCAACUUCCUAGCCUGUAAACAUGAGAAGCACGACUGGGACUACUGUGAACACCAGGACUAUAUGAUGCGGAUGAAGGAGUAUGAGAGGGAGAGGAGACUCCAGCUGAGGAAGAAGAGAAUUGAGGCCCAGGCUGAAGCUGCAUAAUGAAGCUUAUCUUGUCAACAUCCUCUCUGUAUAUAACUAAUGCUGUUCACAUUAAACAGUGCUGCAUAGUAAGAUGUAAAUGACAA